AUGCAUGCUGUUAUUGAUGAAGAUGUGUGGUAUUUUAGGCUUCCUGUUUCUAACAGAGUUCUUACAAAGAAUUUCUUAAUUCGUCAAUUUCGUUGUCCUGCUGAGGAGACUGUUGCUUCAAAGAUUGCUAUUGAGAUGAUCUUAAGAUGUUCACAUUUGGAUAACAAGGACAUUUUCUCAAAAUCUGAUCCCUUUUUAAGAAUAUCAAGAGUAGUUGAGAGUGAAGGUUCUGUUCCAAUUUGCAAGACUGAAGUUAUUAACAACAAUUUGAAUCCAAAAUGGAAACCAGUCACCCUUAGUUCCCGUCAGUUUGGAAGUAAAGAAAAUCCAUUACUCAUUGAGUGUUUUGAUUUCAAUAGCAGUGGUGACCAUGUGCUUAUUGGUAAACUGAGAUCAUCAAUAGCAGACCUAGAAAGGCUUAACAAAGAGAGAACAGGCACAAAUUUGUUCAUACCAUCCACACACCACAGAAAAGAAGAGAAGAUGCUGAAGGGUCAACUUUUUGUGGAUCAAUAUUGUGAAAGGGAGCAAUUCAGCUUUAUUGAUUAUGUAUCCAGUGGAUUUGAACUGAACUUCAUGGUUGCUGUGGAUUUCACUGCUUCAAAUGGAAAUCCUCGAUAUUCAGAUUCUUUGCAUUAUAUUGAUGUCUCGGGUCAGUUAAAUUCAUAUACCCAUUUUUCAAGCUAA